AUGGCUACCAACAUCACCUUCCAUCCCGGUCAUGUCUCCUACGAAGAGCGAGCCGACCUUCUCAACCAGCAAGGUCUCACAAUCUGGCUCACUGGUCUCUCUGCCUCGGGCAAGUCGACCAUCGCAACCGCUCUCGAACAGCACCUUCUCUCUCUCCACAAGUCUGCCUACCGUCUCGAUGGCGACAACAUCCGUUUCGGCCUGAACAAGGACCUCGGUUUCUCUCCCAGGGAUCGCGAGGAGAAUAUUCGUCGUAUCUCGGAAGUUUCGCUUCUCUUCGCCUCCUCCACCACUAUCACCAUCACUUCGUUCAUCUCGCCGUACAAGGCUGACCGUGAGAUCGCAAGGAAGCUGCACGAGGCUCACGUCCCCAAAUUGCCUUUCGUUGAGGUCUUUGUCGAUGCUAGCAUCGAGACUUGCGAGAGCAGAGAUCCUAAGGGUCUGUACAAGAAGGCGAAGGCUGGAGAGAUCAAGGAGUUCACCGGUAUCUCGGCACCAUACGAGAAGCCAGAGAAUGCAGAGAUCCACAUUGAUGCCGACAAGACUUCGAUCGAGGAUUCUGUUCGCAUCAUUACCGAGUACUUGAUCAACAAGGGCUACCUUAAGCUCUAA